AUGCCCGAGAGGGAUCUAGCGUCCUGGAAUGCGAUCGUGGUGGCUAACCACAGACACGGAACAACCAACGAGGUGAAGACUUUGAUAGAACAGAUGCCAAAUCCAUCGUCUGUGUUGUGGACUUUGGUUGCAGGACACGCUCAGCAGGGAGAUCUCGACGAAGCAAGAAGAGUUUUCCACAAGAUCUCGAGGCCAGAUGCUUACUGCUGGAACGUCAUGCUCGCUGCUUAUGUCAAUGGAGCGCGGGGAGCCUGCGCGAUCGAGCUUUUCCGUGAGAUGGAUCUGGAAGGUGUGAAGCAAGAGGAAGGAUCUUACUUGCACGUCUUAACAGCGUGCAGCCAUGCAGGAAUGGUGGAAGAUGGUGUGAAAUACUUUGUGUCCAUGGCUGAGGACUAUGGUUUGAGGCCAGAGAAGGAACACUUUGGAGCGAUGAUCGAUUUGCUUGGAAGAACGGGGAGAUUGAAAGAGGCCGAGGACGUCGCGAGAGACAUGCCUUCACCAGCCAGUGAAGUUGUGUGGGGGAUUUUGCUGGGAGCUUGUAAAACUCACGACGAUUUCGAGAGGGGGACUAGAGCUGGAGAGAGGGCCUUAGACUCAACGUCGUCGACAAUAACUUCUUCCUAUGUUUUGCUCUCAAACAUUUGUUCAUCACUGUAG